AUGAUUUGUGGGUUUUGUGGACAGGGAAGGGUUGUUAUAGGGGAGAGUUUGUUUCAUUUGAUGCAGAAAUUUGGGUGUGAACCUGAUGUUUUUACAUAUAAUGUUCUUAUUAAUGCGUGUUGUGUUGGGGGGAAGACUUCGGUUGCUGUUUCUUGGCUGCGUUUGAUGAUGUUAAGAGGUUGUGAGCCGAGCAUUUCCACGUUUAAUACUAUUUUGCACACCCUUUGUAGGGAAGGAAAUGUGUUGGAGGCGAGGAAGCUCUUUGAUAGAGUUUUAGCUAUGGGGAUCACUCCAAAUACUGCGAUAUAUAACUCGAUGAUGGAUGGGUAUGUAAAGGCGAGGGAUAUUGGUCAAGCUAGCUUGCUUUAUGAAGAAAUGAGGAUUAAAGGGGUUCCUCCUGAUUGUGUGACUUUCAACGUUUUUGUUGGAGGGCAUUAUAAAUAUGGGAGAAGAGAGGAUUGGAAUAGGUGGUUGAAAGCUUUAGUUGUGAAGGGAUUUUUUCAGGAAUGUUCACUUUAUGAUGUAACAGUGUCAUGGUUGUGUUGGGCUCGUAGAAUUGAUGAAGCCAUGAAAUUAUUAAAGGAUUCACUUGAAAAAGGACAAACUUUUAGUGUUGCUGCCUUUAACUCGUUAAUAGCAGCCUAUAGCAGGGAAGGUUUAGAAGACAAAGCUUUUGAAGCCUAUCAUAUUAUGGUUAAAUGUGGUUUCACUCCUUCAUCGUCAACAUAUAAUUCUUUGCUUAUGGGUUUGUGUAGAAAAGGGAGGUUGCAAGAAGCCAGGACACUUUUGUAUAGGAUGACAGAGAAGGGGUUUCCCAUAAAAAAAGUGGCUUACACUCUGCUUUUUGAUGGAUGUUUCAAGAUGAAUGAUAUGGACGGGGCUCUAUUUAUGUGGAAGGAAAUGAAAGAAAGCGGCAUAUAUCCCGAUGUUGUUGCCUUUACAGCCUUAAUAGACGGACUUUCAAAAGCAGGUAACAUUGACGAGGCAUAUGAAGUGUUCUCAGAAAUGUUAGCUAUAGGGUUCGUUCCUAAUAAUUUUGCUUAUAAUUCUCUGAUUGGGGGGUUUUGCAACUGUGGGAAGAUGAAGGAAGCGUUAAAGUUGGAGAAAGAGAUGAGGGUUAGAGGUCUUCUUCCUGACACCUUUACCUUCAAUAUCAUCAUUGAUGGAUUUUGUAGACAAGGAGACGUGAAAUCUGCAAUUGAUGUAUUUCUUGAAAUGCACCGGAUUGGUUUGAUGCCUGAUAUAUUCACAUUUAACAUAUUAGUUAGUGGGUACUGUAAGGCAUUUGACAUGGUUGGUGCAGAUGAUAUGUUUAAUAAAAUUUUCACCUGUGGGCUUGACCCAGAUAUCACAAGCUAUAAUAUACGCAUGCAUGGUUAUUGUAGUGUUCGAAAAAUGAAUCGAGCAAUUCUCAUUUUGGACGAGCUUGUCUCUGCCGGUAUUGUUCCAAACACAGUGACAUACAACACUAUGAUAAGUGGUAUUUGUAGUGAUAUUUUGGACCGUGCUAUGAUUCUUACUGCAAAGUUAAUUAAGAUGGGUUUCCUUCCAAAUGUGAUUACAACCAAUAUAUUGCUGUCUCACUUUUGUAAGCAAGGGAUGCCAGAGAGGGCCUUACUAUGGGGCCAAAAGUUAAGAGAUAUUUGCUUUGAUUUUGAUGAAAUAUCCUAUAUAAUACUGAACAAAGCUAACCAUUUGGUGCAGAAUGAGGUUGAACUUGUGAGAGGAACAUAUGAAAAGAGCCUUUUUUUGGAUUUCCUAAUGUACAUUACAUUUGACCAUUUUUCAAGAAAUAGACCUCAUAACACAGAGUUCGAGAAUAAUUUGAGGUUGAUUGAAAGUCAAUAUGUUGCUUUAUGA